UCAAAAAUGCAUCGCGAACGUGUUGAAGAAUUAGAAAAUAUAACAAAACAACUUGAAUCCGAUAAAUCAGAUCAAAUGAAAACGAAUGAAAAUUUAUUACAACAAGUCGAACAACUUCAAAAGGAACUAGGUUCUCUAGCGGAAGAAUUUUCUGAUCCUAACACAAAACAUGAAGACGCUGAUGUGCUUUCAAAUGAACAAAAGAAACCGGAAAAUGACACAAAUAAAACAAAAUCAAGACGUUCAAUAAUUUUUAACAGGAAUUUAUCUCUCAAAAAAUCAAAAAACAAAGAUGAUGAAUCAUCUAAUUUAGCAUUUGCAAAAUUAACUGAAGUUAAUAAUAGUCUACGUAAAACCAAUGAAAAUCUUACAUCAAAAAUUAUACAAGCUCAAACUCGAAUGAAUGCCUUAAGUGAAAAGAUUAAACAUUUGGAAAGUGAGCUUAUGAGUAUCAAACUUUUCGAAAAUGAUGCUUCUAAUAGCGAUGGAUCAGUCAAAAAUCUUAAAGAAAAGAUCCGAGAACUUGAAGCCGAAAAAGAAGGUUUGGAACAAGCUAAUUCUGUGUCUAAUGAAGAACGAAGUAAACUUGAUCAAAAGAUAAAAUCUUUGUUAGAACAAUUAGAGUCAGUAGGAAAAGGUGGAAAUGAAACCGCUUUACAACUUUCCGCAUUAAAUAACAAAAUAAUUGAACUUGAAAAUGAAGUAUCUAGUCUAAAACAACAAUCGUAAAGCGCAAUUCAA